CCGAGGCUCAAUCGGCUCAAGCUUCGAAGGUCCAUUACCCCACAGUCUUGCUUACGCCCCUGUUUACUUACAUCUCCAUAUGUUUUUCUCAAUUCACAACGUUCAUAAGAGUUGAACUUGGAAAGUCAUUUUUCCCUGGUAGCUUACUUUAAAUUUUGUUUACUAGUACAACUUCACGAUGUCCUCCUCAGAGUCCUCACCAAUAUCCCUCGAGCUUAGAGGCAAGAUUGCCGUGAUUACUAUCGACAAACAGCAUAAACUCAAUGCUUUGACACAGGAUGAAUAUUAUGAAAUCGCUAGAUAUAUGAGAGAGGUUGCGGCCAAUGAUGAUAUUACCGUUACGGUUUUGACUGCAAAAGGACGAUACUUCUCAGCCGGUGCCGACGUGAGCAUAUCCCGCGAGCUCCCAGAAGGAACAGAUAUCGGCAAGCACUGGCUCCGGACAUUCGUCUCGAACAACCUCAACAUCACCCACGCUUUCUACACGCAUCCCAAAAUUCUCAUUACAGCUCUCAAUGGGCCAGCAGUAGGAAUAUCAGCCGCUCUGAUCGCUUUCUCUGAUUUCAUCUACUGCGUGCCAUCCACAUUCCUUCUCACACCAUUCUCGUCUCUUGGUUUAGUAGCUGAAGGUGGCGCAUCCAGAGCUUUCGUACAGCGUCUGGGCAUAAGCAAAGCCAACGAAGCUUUGAUUAUGAGUAAAAGAAUCCCGGCGGAAGAGCUUUUGCAAGUUGGAUUCGUGAAUAAGAUAUUCGAUUGUGGCAAGGGCGAGGAUGAGAAGUUCAGGCAGUUGGUGUUCGAGGAGAUUGAGAACCGGUUAGGAGAUCAUUUAAUCGGCUCGAGUUUGACGAAGAUCAAGGCGCUGAUCAGGAAGCCUGAGACGGAUUUGAUGGAUGCACAGGGUGUGGCGGAAGUAUUUGCUGGACUGGAAAGGUUCACGGCUGGGAUACCACAGAAAGAAUUCCAAAAGGUCGCCAGUGGGCAGAAGAGACAUAAGCUGUAA